AUGGACAUGUGGCUGUGCGUCAAGCGAGCCAUUAAUGCCGUUGAAAAGGCGAAGAAGGCUUAUGACGACGGCAGGGCUAAGGUUGCCGAGGCUGGCAAGGCUAUCCAAGCUCAGGCGAACUUGGCAAAGGACAUGCAGGUUGCCGAACGGCAGGUUAAAGUUUAUCAAGCCAAGCUCGGUGAGAUGUCGGCAGCCCUGGAGUUGGAGCAGCUAGCGGCAAAGGAGGCUCUGGAGUCGAAGGAGGCGAUCCAGGUGGCCUUUGAGGAGUCGGAGCGGGUCAGGGCUUCGGACAUCGAGGCUGCCGUCCAGGAGGCAAUACGGGGGUACCGUCAAUCUUUAGAGUUCACUACCUUGCUUGACAAGGAAGUGGGCUUGGAAAUGGUAGAUCUGCUCUACUGUUUCAAGCGAUACAACCCCGGAAAAAAGCUCAACCUCAACUUCAUUGUCGAUCCUCCCCUUCUUCCUGAAGGCAUAACCGAAGAAAUGAUCGAGGACUACGAGGGGGAGGACGCCACAGAAGAGGCUCCUGCCGAUGCCGAGGAGGAGACUGCCGAAGGAGAUGGGGUCGCUGCCGAGGCCGAGGAGGCCGCCGCCUGA